AUGGCAAUUUGUUAUUUUUAUGUAGAAACAUCUUCUGGUCGACAUUACGGUACAUCCGAAGGGUCAGCUCAUCAAGAAGAGGAGAGUAGUGCCGGACAGUUGGAAACUAAAGAUGAGGAUAACAACAGGGUAGGUGCAGCUAGGGCAGCUGCUUUCAUUUUGAUCUCUUGUCGACCAUCCACUUCAGAAACACCUUCAUCUUCUCCAGGAAAAACGAAAAGAGCAAAAAAAUUGGGUUACGGCAAGACGGGUAGUGACCCAGCUGUACACAGUACUUCUUCCUUGAAAGCGUACAAUUUAAAAUGGUAUCAAAGGGACCAGCAGAGAAGACACUCGACUAAGAAUAGAGAAGCCAAAGGCACACCGCCUAGUCAUUGUUCGACUGAGCAACUAAUACACAACAGUUCCAAAGAGGCUUGUUCGAGAAAUAGUCAAAAUGCUUUAAGUUCAAAAGACAAGUCAAAAACAUCAUCUGUAAGUCGCAUUGAGCACAAAGCCUUGGUUCAUCAUUCAGCUCCUAGCUGUAGUCCGGACGCUGUGGUCGUUCCCAUGGAACCUUUAACACAUCAUCAAUCUACGACAAGAGAACAUCAUCAAAAGUUAUCAGAGGAAACUACAGUGGAAAAUUAAAGACAUUGUUUGCAUUGAUUUUGAAAUGUCAUUUAGUGUUAUUCAAUAGGAUUUAAUGUAAAUUCACCUAAUAAUUUGGUUAAAAAUCCCACAGAUUUAAAAUCAUAAAUCAUACUAUUAAAUUUAAUUACACUUACACUACACGAUUUAUUUUUGCA